ACCCAGAGGCCACCCCCUCCGGUUUUCCACUUUAACCGGCCAGAGACCCAUUCCUUAUCACUUUUAAAUUUCAUAGCCAACCUCAAGCGAGAAGACUCAGGAAACAUGGAAGAACUGAAGCCAAGGCCUGCAAAUUCAUCACCUCUCACCACUUUAAGCUUCCUCGACAGAGCUGCUACUGUUUAUGGCGAUUGCCCUUCUGUUGUAUAUAACUCCACCACCUACACCUGGUCUCAAACCCACCAUCGAUGCCUCCAAGUGGCCUCUUCCAUCAAAUCUCUCGGCAUCGGCAGGGGCCAGGUGGUGUCAGUAGUGGCCCCCAACAUCCCCGCCAUGUACGAGCUCCACUUCGCUGUACCCAUGGCCGGCGCCGUCCUCAACACCAUCAACACCCGCCUCGACGCCAAAACUGUUUCCGUGCUACUCCGCCACAGCGAAUCAAAGCUCAUCUUCGUUGACUACCAGUCUCGCCCUCUCAUCCUUCAAUCCCUUUCCUUAUUCCCUCCUAGCUCUCAACGCCCCCUUCUCGUUCUCAUCACCGAUGAUGAGGACUCGCCACCCUCCACCGUUGAUUUCCUCUGCACUUACGAGGAUAUGGUCGGGAGGGGCGAUCCUGAGUUCAAGUGGAUACGACCGGAGAGUGAGUGGAACCCCAUGAUUCUCAAUUACACAUCUGGAACGACGUCGUCUCCAAAGGGCGUGGUCCACUGCCACAGGGGAAUCUUCAUCGUCACCGUUGAUUCUCUGAUCGAUUGGUGUGUGCCGAAGCAGCCUGUGUACCUGUGGACCCUGCCCAUGUUCCACGCGAAUGGUUGGAGCUUCCCCUGGGGAAUGGCCGCAGUGGGCGGUACCAACGUCUGUCUGCGCAAAUUCGACGCUCGUGUCAUCUACGAGGCGAUCAGAGUCCACCGCGUGACCCACAUGUGCGGCGCACCAGUCGUUCUCAACAUGCUCUCCAACUGGCCUGGCACCGAACCGCUCAAGAACCCGGUUCAGAUCCUCACCGCCGGAGCUCCUCCCCCGGCCGCCAUACUGCUCCGGACCGAGUCUCGAGGUUUUAUUGUGAGUCAUGGGUAUGGAUUGACCGAAACAGGGGGGUUGGUGGUGUCAUGCGUGUGGAAGCAGAAGUGGAACCGAUUGCCAGCGACGGAGAGGGCGAGGUUGAAGUCGAGGCAAGGGGUGAGGACCGUUGGGAUGACAGAGGUGGACGUGUUGGACCCCGAGUCCGGACUCAGCGUGAAGAGAGACGGGUCUUCACUCGGCGAAAUCGUGCUGCGAGGUGGGUGCAUCAUGUUGGGUUACCUGAAAGACCCAAAGGGAACCUCCAAGUCCCUGACCGAUGAUGGGUGGUUCUUCACCGGAGACGUCGGAGUGAUGCACUCAGACGGGUACUUAGAGAUCAAGGACCGAUCCAAGGACGUGAUCAUCAGCGGCGGCGAGAACUUGAGCAGCGUGGAGGUUGAGUCGGUGCUCUACACCCACCCAGCGGUGAACGAGGCGGCAGUGGUGGCUCGCCCCGACGAUUUCUGGGGCGAGACCCCAUGCGCCUUUGUGAGCUUAAAGCCAGAGCGGACGGAGCAGCCUACGGAGAAAGAAAUCAUGGAAUACUGUAGGGCUAGGAUGCCGCACUACAUGGUGCCAAAGACAGUGGUGUUCGAGGAAGAGCUGCCUAAGACUUCAACGGGGAAGAUUCAGAAAUUUGUGCUGAGAGCAACUGCCAAAGCUAUGGGUUCGUCCCGAGUGAGUCGCAUGUAGUGGAGAUUUGGAAGCUGAGUUAACUCGGCCCUAGGUGGAGCUAGCUUAUCUGAUCUUAUUUUAUCAUAUGUUCACUGACAAGGGCAACUAAAUGGAAUCUUUUGAGAAAUUUGUGCUGAGAGAAACUGCCCAAGCUAUGGGUUCGUCCCGAGUGAGUCGCAUGUAGUGGAGAUUUGGAAGUGAGUUAACUCGGCCCUAGGUGGAGUUGACAAGUUAGCUUAUCUCGUCUUAUUUUAUCAUAUGUUUUGCCGACAAGGGCAAAUAAAUGGAAUAUUUGACCUUUUACGGCUCAA